CUACUCUUUUUCUUAAGAUGAGAUCACACUCUGUGCACAUCUCUUCCUCCAACGAUGUCCACCUCCGUCUCUUCUUUUACCAUCUUCACACACACCCUUCUUCCCUCCUUCUUUCACCUUCAUCAGGCACCAUCUCGCCCGUCAUCCUCGACUCGACCUGCUAUCCCCUCAGCUAUCCCAUCAACAAGGACUGAGUCAUCUAAGGCCCAGCAAUAUCAUCACCAUAAGAAACAACCGCCUGACCAGGUAAGUCCCCACCAUAUCUAUAGCUAAGCAACGCAACAAGCCUGACGACCCCCAUCUCCUCCAGCCCACA